AUGCCGUCGCAGUUUCAGCCCAACAGCCUCUACCUAUCCCUCAACUACCUUGAAACUGACAACGGGAAGCACAAUUACCACUGGGGCCUCUACGUGACCGGCAGCACCCCGCCAGCGGGCACCCUGUACCAUGCGUCGAACGUCGAUCGGAGGACCAGAACCAUCGUUCCUUAUCGCUACGAGAAUCGCCCAGUCACGAAUGACCCGACCUCCUCGAAGUCAAUGGUGGUAUCCCUCCUGAUUUGCCCCUUGCCGCCCACCUUGGUCCAGUACAUGGACAUAAACAUCCGCCCCUUCGAACCCCUCGCCCUAAAGCCAAAGCCACGUCCUCCGCGUGGGGAGUCCGACUGGAACUGCCGGGUCUGGGCUAAGGAAAUUCUCAAUCUGCUUCAGGAAAAGGGGGUGGCCAUGCCCGCCGACACCAACACGAUCGAGCGUCAGGCCCUCCUCGCUGCCAAUACCAACCUGAGGACUCACCUUGGCAAUGCCAAGGUAAUCAACGAUUUGAGCUGGCUGCGGGCGCCCGCCCCCCGCCACGCGCCGCCGGCACCGGCAACGGCACCCGCACCCGCACCGACAAGGGCUCCGGCUCCGGCUCGCAGAGAAGGCGGCGGCCAAAAGACCACUGGCGACGCUAGCAAGCGCAGGCACUAGCCGGCGCCCUCAGGAGCGGCCGUUGUCAAGUAGACGCGUGUGUUGUGUCACAUACUAGUAGUUUCCGGCGAGCUGGUCUUGCCGGGAUGGACGGG